AGUUGACUGUUAACUAAGAGAAGAGUAAGGUAGUAAAGCACUUGAACGCGGGCAUUUUCGCUGAAGAAAACGCGUAAGAAAAAAGUGAAAACAAAUUGACCCCGAGGUAAAUAGUAAGGAGGGGGAGGAGUGGAGUUCUCCUCGCCAGCCCUGGUCCCUCGUAGCCUAUACGUUGGGUGAACUUGAGAGUUUUAACCUCUCACAUGAAUUAAUGUGGUGGAGAAGGGUCGAGGUCUUUAGACCCGAGGAAUCGUCGGCUGUUUUCCAAAUGUUGUAAGAGAGUGGACUUCAGGCCGUUUGACUCCAUCGAAAUAUGACAUCUGCAGGGGAAGACACCGACCUGGAGCACAAGAUGGACGUUUCGCACUCGGAAGAAGAAGAACCGGAAGUGCAGCCGUGUCCUGUCGGCAGAGGGGACGACCAAGAUCGGCUGCAUCCUUCAGCAGUCAAGGAUCAAGUCGGGUCAAAUAGGAUGGCGCAGCUUUUGGCCAUUUACCAGAAGAAGGUACAUGACAGCAAGAGAGUCAUUGUCCGGUUAAAGCAGCAGAAAGAUGCACAGCUUCAGUCUGUGAUAAACCAGUUGUUAAUCCUUGAAGCUCAACUUAGGCGAGAACAGAAAGGCAUCAUUGGGCAGCUGGUGGAGAGAGAUAAUGUCAUUGCUGCGCAAAGACAAGAGAUUGAAAGACUUAGAAGAGAUAAUAGACGAUUAAUCAACAAGUUGAAAAAAUUUAGUGAAAUGUGUGAAAAGGCUGGAAAAGUGGAUCAAACUGAACCAAGGGUGAAAGUGAGCCGAGUUGAUUCCCCAGAAAAUAACACUUCACCCAGUAAAGUACAGAAUACAAAUGUUGGAAAUUCACCCAUCAGAAGCAAAAGUUCAUCUGGGAUGAUACGUGUAGCCACUAGUAUAUCAGAAUUAAUUAGUUCAAAUAAUGAUGUUAGUUUGCUGAAACCCCAUGAAACUCACAAUCACGUUGUAAGCAGUAAAUAUCAUCAUUCAGUGGAAUAUGUUAAUCCAAAUGUUGCCUAUGUGCGGGCUACAACAAAUCGUGUCUUCCAUAAGCCUCCUAUUGCUGAGAAGCCUAAGAGUUUGAAUCGUCUCAUGCAGAUACAUCCUAACAAUAAAAACAUCCAGCAGCAAGUUUUUGUUACUUCAGGGGAGAAAGAGUGCUCAAUAGUAUCAACCAUCAGCAGGUUGUUAGAGGAGGAAUCAGACGCAACCAAUACUGGUGGAUCUUGUAGUAGUGAGCCCUCUUCUCCAGAAGCAACACUGAAACCUGUCACUCCAAGAGUCAUACGUUUGGCACGGCAGUUUGAAGAAGGAAUAAAUACCCAUAAUACAAUCAGUCUAGCUUCGAAUAGUUCUCCCGAAUUUCUAAGAAGUGAGGAACAGACUUCAAAGUCAUACAUCAUGGAUGAAUAUGAGGUUACAAGUGGAUAUAACAGUGAUUCCAUAAGUGAUCAUGAAUAUGAAAACAUUCGGCUAAAUAACAGUUCAGAAGUCAAUGUUCCUCCAAAACAUGACUUCAAGGCAGGGAAUAAAGAUGAGGAAAAUGAUGAGGAUAAUUAUGUUAUUCUUCGAGCUGUAAAAGAGGAGCACGAUUAUGGAAACUGGAUUGACAUUCCAGAGGACCAACAUAUAUAUUCAAAUGUUGAAUUUGGUUCUGGUUUGCUGGUCAAGAACAUUGAUAGUGAUGAUGGUGAUGGAUAUACAACGAUUGGCCUUCCUAGUGAAGACACUGGUGACAGUCCUAAUUCACCUCUAAAGAGAAUUGGCAGUGGUAUUUUGGAGACAAAUUUAGAUGCAUCACCAUCAAAUGACCAUCAGUUGUCUGAAACACUGAGGAUUGCAGCAGCAAAUGUUCCACGAUCUCGGCAUAACAUCAACCUCAUAAUGGAAAGGGAUGGGGAUCACAUGACUGAAAACUUUGAGGAAUUUACAUUGGACUCUCUAGAACUAGAAGAGGACCAAGGCACUGAAGGUUUUCAUGGCCAAGGGAAAGAGAACUUACCUGCAUCUGAACAAAGAAGGUGUGGUGAUGGAGCAGAAGCGAAGAUGAACCUUCGGAAUAAUGAAGAGGCAUCUAGUGGCCAUACUGACAGUAAUAAAGAAGCUGCAAAUGGACCCGGAAAUGGCCCGUAUGAAAAAUUCCUAGAAGCUACAGGGCUUAGUCAGAAGUCUAUAUUAACUCCUACACGGAUGUUCUCAAAUCAUAGAUCAAUGUUAAAACCUCGAGAUAUCAAGCACAGAGAUAAGUUACGGACAACUUUUACCUCGCAUUCAGCAUAUGAAGACUCACAGAACUCGUCAGGCAGCUAUAAGUAUUGGACUGAACCUUACCUUUAGCAGCUACCUCAAAAUAUUUCCUAUGAAUGUACAUACCGUAGUGGCAAUUAGACAACUUUGUAAUUAUGAAUUAUUAUAAAAAAUAUUGAUUGUAGAGAAAUUAUUUAUAAAAAUGUUACAACUGCUGUAGCUCCUAGUACCAGUUUAACAAUUUGAAUUACUAAGCCAAAGAGUAAAAUGCUGAUGAUUCAGCAUCUGGAAUGAUGAGUAUAGGUCAUCUUAUAAGUUACAUUUUCAGUUUCUGUAAACAGUAACCCUUUUAUUGUCUCUUUUUUUUCUUUUUUUUUUUUGUCUUGCAUGCUGUUGACAAGGUUUUGUGACCUCUUACAAGUUUAACUGUUGGAGAUUUUUUUUAUUUAAUUUAGAAUGCUCUUUAUUUUCUAUAAAUCUGCUGCUCUGAAAAAAUACCUUUACCCUGAAUUGUCUGCCAAAUACUGAAUUCAGUAUAUAUGUGGCAUAAUUACAUAUUUUCCAAGUGAUUUUCACGAUUGCCUCUUGCUUUGCCCAUUUUAAUACUACAUAAAUGAAAGGAAAGAUGAGGCCUCUGCUAUCUAAAUGAGUUUUUUAUUGACUUAGAAUUAGUGUAAAUUAAGGGUGUGGAUGGGGAAGUAGUACAUGGAAUUUUAUAGUACAGCCUGCAUGGGCAGUGUUAGUUAUUGUUUUGAUGCCAAAUUUAACCUUAGAAAAUAGCAUUGUAUACAGCUAUUCCAUAUUUUCUUACCGCUACUGAACUUUACAGUAAAGUAUUGUUUCAGAAUUAUGUUGUAAUUUUUUUCUAUAUGUAUUAUUAGGUUGUAGUUUUUCAUGGUGAUGGAUAUUCAUUUGGUAAUAUUUGUACUCAAGCUAAUUCUGUACUCUUAAUUUCACUCAAUUAAAAGCUGGGUGUAAGUGAAACACUGUACUGGAAAGGACAAAAUUCUAAUGUAAACAGUUUCAACUUGAUAUUGUUUGUAAGGCAAAUGCUGAUUACUCUUAAGAUCAUUAUUUAAUAAGUCUUCAGACUGAGUGUAAAAACAAUGAGGAAUUCAAUGGUACAUUGUAAGGUAAUAAGGAAAUAGUACGAUUCAUUUACAUUACUUGAGUAAUCUAGCUCCACUUAAACUUCAUAAGUGCUGGGUUUAGAUAAAAACAAAGAUUGUGUACAGCGAUUUGUGCUGUGCAAACUUCUCAGUUCAGAAAGCCCAAAAUGAGUUUACCCUCUCAAGUCAUUAGAUGUAAUGAAUUUGAGAUAAGUCAGCAGAACUUUGUGGGUAAUUCUCUAUAUAUUCUACAAGCAGGGCAGUCCCCCCAAAAUUUUACACUAAAUUGCCAUUUGUUAUUUUUCCCUUAGUUUCCAUCAAUCAGUAUUGAAUAAGCUUGGUUUUACCUGUAAGCAUGUAUAUACAAUUUGUCUUGAUGAAACUUAAACUUACAGUAACCCCUUAUAUACUAUGAGGUCUAACUGUAUGUUCAUGGGACUGAAUCUGGUCCUCUUGAUUUAAAAAUGCAUCUCGUCACUAAAAGAUCAGAAUGGAGUUUAUAAUUCAGUAACUGAUGCUCUGAUAAAUAAGUACAUAUGUUAGCAUUGUGAAAUCUUAAUUUUAUUAUAAAUGUUGAGUAUAAAAAGUACAUUUUUUAGCAUUGUAAAAUCUUAGUUUUAUUGGAAAAUGUAAAGUAUACUAGUGUUACAAACUUCUAGCCAAUUCUGUCGUGACAUAAGGUUGCCACAGAGACCUUUAUUCUUUAGACAGGUAUUCUAAUUAAGCUGAUUUUUUUCCCAUUGUGCCCAUCUUAAUUUAUUAUUAAGAGGUCUAUUAUAUUGUCGCAAAAUAGCUUUUGGUCAUUCUUUGUUGUCUCCUGCCCUGAAUACCUUGUUUCUUUAUCUAUUGAUGAUGGAUAUAAUUAUUUAGAACUGUUAAAAUUUUUGGGGACCACACUGUCUGAAAUGCUUUUAUGUACUUGUCAUUAUUUCCUUGCAAUGACUAUUUUAUUCAGAUGAGACCUUACAACGAUCAGAUUGUUUGACUUGGUUGUAUUUCUUAUAAUUAAAAGUUCUUACAUAUGUAAUACCGGAUUGAAAAGCAGGUAGCACCCAUUUAUUAGCAGCAGUGAUUUACAGUUUGCUUUGCAGGAUUCACUUACAUACUAAAAUGUAAAUAAAAAAAAAAAUCAUGGAAAAAUAUGAUUAUGCAUGUAUAUAAUACCGGUAUAAGGUAUUAAUAACUUCAGAAGCAGUUUCUUUAUUUUCACACAAUUGCUCUUCAUUGUCUUCACUAUACACAGUCAUUAAAUUCUCUGUGUUAUUAUUCUGUAGAUGUUCACCAAAUUUGAUUGAGAAGCAUUAAAUAUAAAAACAUUAUUGCACUAAAGCCUUAAAACAAUAAUUAACCAUAAACUUCUUGUGUCUUAUGAAGAAAAUGACAUGAUUGUGUACUAGAUAUAGGUUUUGCUCAAUUCCUAAAAAUAUUUUUGAGGUCAAAAACAGAUGUAACAGUACUAGUUACUGUAAUUUUAUUUCACAUUAUACAAGUAACAACAUUUUAGACUAGUGUUUGUGGUGUUUGAGAUUAAUUUGAAGGUAAUAAAUGUAUGAAUUUAA